ACGACAUCAACAGACAAUACACACAAUCAUAGAGUACUCGUUGUUUUGAUCCAUUGAUUCAGUGGUUAAUCAACUGAAGGGUUCAUCAAACGCUUGUUUGACAGAAAUGACUCGAGGUAAUCAGCGAGAGUUAGCCCGACAGAAGAACCAGAAGAAGCUGUCGGAGAGCCAGAAGAAGAAGAGCGCCGACAGUAAAGACGGCAAUAAAGGC